GAAGGCGAAGACAACGCAGAAGAACCACAGAUAAUCUCGAUCACCAUGCCACCACCAUUUCACCACCACGACAAGAAGCAGGCCGCAUUGCAUGUUCUACGGCGAGGCCGGAGGCGGCGGAGGGAAGAAGAAAAAGAAGAAGAAGAAGACGACCAUGACGAUGUGAAGAAAGAGGAAGAAGAAGAAGAGGAGAGAGAAGAGGUAGAGAGAAAGAUUGAAGCAUUGAAGAAGAUAGUGCCAGGUGGCGAGUCAGUAGAAGGAGUUGAGAAGCUCUUCGAUGAAACCGCCGGUUACAUACUCUCUCUUCGCUGCCAACUCAACACUCUUAGGGCUCUUGCUGCUUUCUUUCACAAUCUCCACCAAAACACCAAUUAACCUUAACUUCGAGGUUAAUUAAUUCUCCUUAAUCAUCAUCAAUC